GCAGCCACCACCAGGACAAGCAGCAUGUGUAGAUGUCGGUAAGCCACCAGCCACGUGGCAAGGUUAUCACCUAGCAUAUGUGAGGCUCUAGCACUUGAAGAGGAAAACAAAGGAAGCACAAAGCAUACAGACUUGAAAAAGUGACAUGGAAAGUGGUGCAGACUCAGAUGCUCUCAGUAUCUCUGCCUCCUGGGUCCAAAUGGAGUCUUCUACAGCCUUUGAGAAUAUCACCUUUUAUUAUGAUGAUACACCAAGUCGUCUAUGUGAAAACAAGACCAUCUUUGCCACCUUCUCCACCAUUGUCCUGUACUCUCUGGUAUUUCUCCUCAGCCUGGUGGGUAACAGCCUGGUUUUCUGGGUCUUGGUGAAGUAUGAGAAUCUAGAGUCACUCACUAAUAUCUUCAUCCUCAACCUGUGUCUCUCAGACCUUAUGUUCUCCUGCCUGCUGCCUGUGUGGGCCUCAGCACAAUAUUGGGGUUGGUUGCUAGGUGAUUUCCUCUGCAAGGUCCUCAAUCUGAUAUUCUCCAUCAGCCUCUACAGCAGCAUCUUCUUUCUCACCAUUAUGACCAUCCACCGCUACCUGUCUGUAGUGAGCCCUCUCUCUACUCUGGGUAUCCAUACCCUCCGCUGCCGUGUGCUGGUGACCAUAUUCGUGUGGGCAGCCAGCAUCCUGUCUUCCAUCCCUGAUGCUAUCUUCCACAAGGUGAUUUCCCCAAAAUGUGAUUAUUUUGAACUCCGUGGGUUCUUGGCCUCAGUCUAUCAGCACAACAUCUUCUUCCUCCUUUCCAUGGGGAUCAUCCUGUUCUGUUAUAUACAGAUUCUCAGGACCUUGUUUCGCUCAAGGUCCAGACAGAGGCACCGGACAGUCAGGCUCAUCUUCACCAUUGUGGUGGCAUACUUCCUCAGCUGGGCUCCCUACAACCUCAUUCUCUUCCUAAGGACACUGCAGGAAACUGGAAUCAUCCAGCAGACCUGUGAGAUCAGGCAGCAGCUGGACAUGGCUAUGAUCAUCUGCCGCAAGCUGGCCUUCUCCCACUGCUGCUUCAACCCAGUGCUUUAUGUCUUUGUUGGGGUCAAGUUCCGCAGACACCUAAAACGUCUCCUCCAGCAGGUCUGGCUGUGCCGGCAGAAGACAUUUAGCCCUGUCUCAUCCCCCUACUCCCCUGGUGCCUUCAUGUAUGAGGGCCCCUCCUUCUACUGAGAGGAGAGGGCAGCCACACAGAGGUGACUAAGGGAGUUGGAGGAAGGCAAGAAGUGGAUCAGGAAGGAUAUGACACAACAGUGGAGAUGCCAGCAACUACUGUGUUGGGGACCGACUCCGGACAGCUGUGUCUUGAACCUGUGUAACCUUCCACGAUUUAUCAAGCCUCGUGUAAACAGGAGGCCCUUAGCUUAACUACGGAAUGUACGAUUAAAUAAACUUCUUGGAACCUGUGCUAAAUCAGCUAGCUGCAGGGGCCUGGGACCAAAGCGACCUCCUGCUGACCCUCCCUUAGGAAUUCCCUUUUUUCUCUCCUUGCUCCUCCUAC